UUCGCAGGCAUCGACUCUGGCCGCUCUGGGGACGCAGCCGGGCGCCCCACCACAGCGCUCAUGGUCACAGACUUUCUGAAGCCCUGACUCUCCAGGGUGCAGUGUCCAGCCGCAAUGAACGCGAGCGCCUCUUCGCUCAACGAGUCCCAGGUAGUGGCAGUGGCGGUCGAGGGAGCGGCGGCGGCUGUGGCCACGGCGGCGGCAGGAGCGCGGGACAGCGGUGACUGGGGGCAGCCCGCAGGGGCAGCGGCGGCGGCGGCGGCGGCGGCGCUAGGAGGCGGGGGCGUGGCGAACGGGUCGCUGGAGCUGUCUUCGCAGAUGUCCGCGGGACCGCCUGGGCUGCCGCUGUCCGCGGUGAAUCCCUGGGAUGUGUUGCUGUGCGUGUCGGGGACGGUGAUUGCGGGAGAAAAUGCGCUGGUAGUGGCGCUCAUCGCGUCCUCCCCGGCGCUGCGCACGCCCAUGUUUGUGCUGGUGGGCAGCCUGGCCACGGCCGACCUGCUGGCCGGCUGCGGACUCAUCCUGCACUUCGUGUUCCAGUACGUGGUGCCCUCGGAGACGGUGAGCCUGCUCACAGUGGGCUUCCUCGUGUCCUCCUUUGCUGCCUCGGUCAGUAGCCUGCUGGCCAUAACCGUGGACCGCUACCUGUCCCUCUACAACGCGCUCACCUACUACUCGCGGCGGACCCUGCUGGGCGUGCACCUUCUGCUCGCUGUCACCUGGACCCUCUCCCUGGGCCUCGGGCUGUUGCCGGUGCUCGGCUGGAACUGCCUAGCGGAGCGUGCCACCUGUAGCGUGGUGAGCCCUCUGACGCGCAGCCACGUGGCGCUGCUCUCCGCGACCUUCUUUGUGGUCUUCGGCGUCAUGUUGCACCUGUACGUGCGCAUCUGCCAAGUGGUCUGGCGCCACGCACACCAGAUCGCCCUGCAGCAGCACUGCCUCGCGCCACCCCACCUGGCCGCCACCAGAAAGGGCGUGGGGACGCUGGCCGUGGUGCUGGGCACUUUCGGCCUCAGCUGGCUGCCCUUCGCCAUAUACUGCGUGGUGGGCAGCCGCGAGGACCCGGCUGUCUACACCUACGCCACUCUGCUGCCCGCCACCUACAACUCCAUGAUCAAUCCUAUCAUCUAUGCCUUCCGCAACCAGGAGAUCCAGCGUGCCUUGUGGCUCCUGUUCUGUGGCUGUCUCCAGUCCAAAGUGCCCUUCCGCUCCAGGUCUCCCAGUGAGGUCUGAAGGCCCCCUCCGUCCUCUCACCAACACCACACCCCCCAACAAGCCAGCCUAUGGUGAGCUUCUCGGUGCCUGCUGAUGAACUCUGAGAUCCCAAUAGUGUGACCCUGAGUUUGGAAAGAAAG